UGUAGAAGCUAGUGUUUCAUGCCACCCCUUAGUAUCUGAAAUCAAGCACCAUGCCUGCCUCUACUACAACUUCCGUGGUUCUCAACCAUUUCACAAAGAAUCAAGCAAAUGACAAUGGAGAGGAUUUAGAGAGAUUAACCAAUGAGUGCAAGGAAUUGCUGCUUUCACUCCCAAGAGAGAAAGGUUGGAGAACUGCAUACCUCUAUAAAUACAAAGGGUUUUGGUGCCAACCAAAAGAAAUCCAAGCGAUAAUCUCUUUUCAAAAACACUUUCAACCAAGAGACACUGAUGUUAUCCUAGCAUCAAUACCUAAAUCAGGAACUACCUGGCUCAAAGCCCUAUCUUUUGCCAUCAUGAAUCGCAAGAAAUUUGCAAUCUCUAGCAAUGACCAUCCUUUGCUCGUCUCUAAUCCUCACGAUCUUGCACCUUUCUUUGAGUACAAGCUUUAUGCAGACAAGCAAGUUCCUGACCUCUCGAAACUCCCUGAUCCUAGACUUUUUGCCACCCACAUUCCAUUUGCUUCACUUCAAGACUCCAUCAAGAAGUCUAAUUGCCGGAUUAUUUAUAUCUGUAGAAACCCUUUGGACACUUUUAUUUCCUCAUGGACUUUCAGCAACAAGCUGAGAUCAGAAACUGUUCCUCCACUGUUACUAGAGGAAACCUUCAAAAUGUAUUGCGAAGGGGUUGUAGGGUUCGGUCCCUUCUGGGACCAUAUGUUGGGAUACUGGAAGGAAAGCUUGGAGAGACAAGACAAGGUGUUGUUCUUGAAGUAUGAGGACAUGAAAGCAGAUGUUACGUUUUACUUGAAGAAGAUUGCCAAAUUUAUUGGCUGCCCUUUUUCAAUGGAAGAAGAAAAGGAAGGUGUAGUGGAAAAGAUAGCCAGCCUUUGUAGCUUUGAGAAGAUGAAGAAUUUAGAAGUUAACAAAUCUGGAAGGUCUAUUACGAACUUCGAAAAUAAGCACUUGUUUAGGAAAGCUGAAGUCGGAGAUUGGGUGAAUUAUCUGUCGCCUUCAAUGGUGAAGCAAUUAUCUCAAUUAACAGAGGAAAAGUUGGGUGGAUCUGGUAUUGAAUUCAAAGUGUUUCCUUAGCUAGGGGCAAGUUAUGUUACUUCAAAUUUGGCAUAUGUGCUCUUACUUUUUAAUUUUAUCAAAAAAAAAAUUGCAUGCGAUAAAAAAAAAUAUGAUGAAGGGGAAGGUGUUUAUGAUGAAAAGGAGGUGUCCAAGCUGCUGCUGCUUCUUCUUCUUCUUUUGUUAUAAAGAAGAAAUUAGAGCUACAGAGAUAUUGAGGGAAUAAGAAUACAAAUGUCAAUUGAACUAUAAUUUAUUUACAAGAGAUGUUCAUGUUAUUAACCUAAGUGUGAUUGCAAUAAAUAAAGUCGAUAUUAUUGGGAUUAA